CGGUGGUCCGUUUACCUCAUUGCUUUCUUUAUCCACCCUGCUCCAAUCUUUCUUUCAAUAUUUAAUUAGUUUUUAUACGUGUAUUUAUUUAUUUAUGCUUCUUAUUUGUAGCUAGCCUAUGUAGAUUUAGCUUUUAUUUGUUCCUCAAAUGAGAAGACGUAAAAGAUGGAGCUACACAUACUAGAACACAGCUUGAAAGUGGCGAGUAUAGAAAAAGAAGGCAUCCAGAUUUGCACUCAUGGAUUAAUAAAACUCGCCUUUCUGGCAUCUAAAACAAGGUGUAAGUUUUUCAGUCUGACCGAAACUCCGGAGGACUACACUAUCAUCGUAGACCAGGAAGGCUUCAAAGAGCUGCCUGAAUCGGAGCACAUCAGCGUCGCCGAGGCAACAUGGUUGGCUCUGAAUGUGGUGUCAGGGGGUGGGAAUGCCUCCAGCUCGCAGCCAAUCGGAGUCACCAAAAUCGCAAAAUCAGUCAUUGCACCCCUGGCCGACCACAAUAUCUCCGUAUUCAUGUUGUCGACGUAUCAGACAGACUUCAUUCUGGUUCGAGAGCGAGACCUGCCCAUGGUCAUGCACACGCUAUCAUCUGAGUUCACUCUGCUCAGGGUGGUCAAUGGAGAGACUGUCGCUGCCCACAGUCUAGGAGUCACCAAUGGCUUUGUAAAGCCAAAACUCGUUCCCCGUCCUAUCAUCCACCCCUUAUCUAGUCCCAGCAACAUGUUCUGUGUGACCAGCCUGGACCCAGACACACUGCCCUCAGUAGCCACUCUGCUCAUGGACGUCAUGUUCUACUCUGGGGGGCCAAAGGAACCUGGAGCAGCAAGUGAGGACUCCAGUCACAUCCGUUUCUUCUCUUUCUCCUUGAUCGAGGGCUACAUCUCUCUGGUCAUGGAUGAACAGACAACACAGAGGUUCCCAAAUAAUGUCCUUUUCACCAGCGCUUCUGGGGAGCUUUGGAAAAUGGUCCGCAUCGGAGGACAACCUUUAGGAUUUGAUGAAUGCGGCAUUGUGGCUCAAAUAUCGGAACCCCUGGCAACUGCUGACAUUCCAGCUUAUUACAUCAGCACCUUUAAAUUUGACCAUGCCCUGGUUCCAGAGGAAAACAUCCAGAGUGUGAUUGGAGCUCUGAGGACCAAUGAGUGCAAAGGACAGUGAAGGAGGAAGGACGAGGCCAUUUUGUCAAGACGUUGGUUUAUCAUGUCCAAAAAGUGCCAAGAGCUUUUCAGUGGACUACCGUGGAUCGGUCCUGAAGCGACUAUCUACAAAGCUUGGGUGGUGUGCGGAGAUAUGGGGAGAUGGAGAAGGGUGUGUUAAGGAUGCCUUUGUUCCUUGUUUUUGUUUUUUUUUACCCCCACCAUUGCACUUGAAGCCCCUUGACAGCCUGCUCUGGUAGUUGUUGCUAGUUUACCGGGAAUAAAUAUUUCCUGUUGAUAUACUGUAUUGCCCCCCUCUCUAUCUCUAAAGCUGCCUCUCCCUACCCACCUACCCCCACGCUCAUAGCCAGCAUACUGUAUUAGUUACAUAUACUCCUCUCAUCAAAGGAUGAAGAAUGUACUCUCAAAAAUGAGUUUUCAAGACCUCCAUUUUCCCCACAAGUCUUUUUCAGUGCCAAGAUGUUUAAAUGCCUAAACUGAUGCCUUGUCAAAAUUUGUGUGUGCAAUUGACGGAAAUACGUUUGGAAUUGCCAACAGUGAUGACAGAUCGCCUAGUUCAAUGACAUGGUGUGGUUUUCCUUUUAUCGCCUGUUGCAUAGUAUAUUGUAAUCACAAAACGGAUACCGAUCUGAUACUUGGAAUCCCUCAACCUUAGGAAUGAGAUUUGGAGGCCUUGUGAUACUGACCCGCUAAAAGAAGAUCAAGUUUAAGAUUUCAAGGUCUCAGUGUCAGUUACCAUUUCUUUAGCUGUUUUCAUGAACCCGGUUCGGUGAGGAAUAAGGUGAUUUGAUAUGUUUGCAUCUAGUAAUUACUGAGCCACUUUUAAUGACGUACUCUAAUGGCAGUAUAAGCGUGAUAUACAUAAGCUAUCAUUCACACAGGGAUAAUUUCACUUCAGAACCCUGAUGUCCAUUUAGGCCUUCAAGAUUUCCCAGCCCCCCACCCCAUCCCAAGCUGCACUUUAAUGCGGGUCAGGCCCAAAGACCCGCUGUACUGAUGUGAAAAUGGGGAGAACUACCUACUUUUGAAGGAUCCUGUUGAGUCAGGGACACACUUUUGUCAAGUCUUAAGCAUUUGGUGAUAGUUAUUUUCACCAUACAUCGCACCUAGCAAAAACUUUCUUGGGUUAGAUUUGAUUUGCAGAAACCAAGUAUUUUUCAGUGUUAAAACAUGAGGAAGGUAACAUUUCUUCUGAUUAGAUUAAAAAAAGCUGUUCAUUUUGAGCUUGUGUGAAAAAUAAAGCUUUUUGAGCUUGUGUGUUCAGUUCUGCAAGGAAGUGUCAUUUUUAUUGUCUUUACUGACCUAGUGAAAUGAGGCUUGUCCUCUUGAUACUUGCUCCCAAUGUGUACUUAAAUCAAUAAACUGGUGA